AUGCCUUCACUACAUCAACGUCACGGGCAGCAGCGCGGGGGGCUGAAGUUGUGCCGCGGCCAAGAGGGAAAAGGAGACGUCCCGAAAGAAAUCCUCGCCUUUUGGGGAGACCCCAGUGGGACUUCUCUGGGAACCCGAAAACCGAGAUUCGGAUGGGGUUGGGGAUGGGGGCCUCGGAGACGCGAGGGGAGCAGCGCGGUCCCGUCCCAGCUCUCACCUCUCGCCUUUCUCCCCUUCAGGAGGUUUGGCACCAAAUGCGCCGGCUGCUCCCAGGGCAUCUCUCCCAGCGACCUAGUCCGGAAAGCCCGGAACAAAGUGUUCCACCUGAACUGUUUCACCUGCAUGGUUUGCAACAAGCAGCUCUCCACGGGCGAGGAACUGUAUAUCAUAGACGAAAACAAAUUUGUUUGCAAAGAGGACUAUUUGAACUCUCCCAGUCUGAAGGAAGGCAGCCUCAACUCAGUGUCCUCAUGUACAGACAGGAGUUUGUCCCCGGAUCUCCAGGACCCCAUGCAGGACGACACCAAGGAGACGGACAACUCCACCUCCUCGGACAAGGAGACUACCAACAACGAGAACGAGGAGCAGAACUCGGGCACCAAGCGGCGAGGGCCCCGCACCACCAUUAAGGCCAAGCAGCUGGAAACCCUCAAAGCUGCUUUCGCGGCCACCCCCAAGCCCACUCGGCACAUCCGCGAGCAGCUGGCCCAGGAGACCGGCCUCAACAUGAGGGUCAUCCAGGUCUGGUUCCAGAACCGCCGGUCCAAGGAGCGCCGGAUGAAGCAGCUGAGCGCGCUGGGAGCCCGCCGGCACGCCUUCUUCCGCAGCCCGCGCAGGAUGCGGCCCCUGGGCGGCCGCCUCGACGAGUCCGAGAUGCUCGGCUCGACCCCCUACACGUACUACGGAGAUUACCAAGGUGACUACUAUGGGCCGGGAGGCAACUAUGACUUUUUCCCCCACGGGCCUCCCUCCCAGGCCCAGUCCCCGGCCGACCCCAGCUACCUUCAGAACUCAGGACCUGGCUCCACGCCCCUGGGACCCCUGGAGCCCCCCCUAAGCGGACACCACUCCUCAGAAAACCAAAGGUACACGGAUAUGAUCUCGCACCCCGACACCCCCAGCCCCGAGCCGGGGAUGACGGGCUCGCUGCACCCCAUCCCGGGGGAGGUCUUCAGCGGGGGGCCCAGUCCGCCCUUC